GUAUAUGCUUUUUAAACAAAAUGCUUCUUCAGACUUUGAUAUGGUUUACAAUGAUUAUGUUAACGAAACUGGCUUCUUCGAUCUGCGCUAAAGCGGGCACCGCAGCUUGUGUAACCGACGCUGUUCUGUCCAUUCAGCGAUACGAGCAUAUUCGGCAAAACAUUAUGAAAUUCGGGAAACAGUUCUCCACCUUCAACUUUUUAUAUACCUUGCAUUACUUUGCUUUAUUGUUGGUGUAUAUGUAUUCCUUGGGGAAGUCCUAUGCGGAUACCCAGACGGUUGGAUCGUCCGGCUUCUACGUCAUUGUUCGGAACAUGGCCUCACUGGUGAUUGUUGCUGUGGUUUUUGUAACGUGUCACCGAAACAUGGUCGCUGUACUUCCAACAUUGCGCAAGUUUGCAUUCAAGUACGGGACUGAGUUCGGAAAUUUUGACCAGUUAGCACGGAAAGUGAAAGAGGAUCCGAUGGGUUUCUCCAUGGCUGGGGUCGUCAUUACGUAUGAAAUCUGCUUUGAGGCAGCCGGGACCAUAUUUGCCAAUGUGGUACUAUUUGCUGAACUUGGACACGAAAACCGAAAGCCGUCUGUUAACUGGCUUCUUAAGACGGUUGAUCGGACUUUCCAGAAUCAGUCGGUGUAUUUUUAUACAUGACGUUAUACGUAGAAGACAGGAACAAAUGAUGUCUAAAGCCAAUCUUCCUGUUAAUCAAUCAUGUAAUUUCUUCCAUGGGAAUCUGUGCAGAUUUUAUUUUAUUUGCCUUUCUUUACACAAGUAAUGGAUGAUUUCGCAAAUGUCUUGACUGUAACUGAACGAUUACGUUGCGCACAGCAACAACAUUAUUUUAGUCACAAAUUUGACAACCACCGGACGCGAGAAGUUCGGGAACCGAUGUUUCUGCUCACUGUUAAUGUUUGACUUAGCGAUUUUAUGAGUUUAAUCGGUUCUUUACAUAAGU